GAACACAGCCGAGUCAGUUGAGUUUUGUACUUCGAUGCGUUCGGUUGGCAAUCGCUUGGGCAAGCUGCUCUGCAAUUGGUUCGGUAUUGAACUCGUAACGCCUGCGCGUGUUUUGAACGGUUAACAAUCAAAUUGUGUGACAGAUUUAACAAAUACAGCGCAAUUGUUAAAUAUACAAUAAUUCGGUUGGUGUAAAAGUGUCAAGUGUGCCCCCACAACUAUUACAAAACCUUAACUCGCAAUUGGAUUUACGCAAAUUGGAGCAAAGGAAAAGAAAAGCAAAUAAAUGCAAAACAAAAAACUGAAAGUGCCUGCAAUAAUAACUCAAUCAGCUCCACGUAUCGUAAACUGAAAUUCGUGUAAUUCGGUAGAAGCCGCCAAAAAUAAAAAGACGUUGUACAUAAGAUCGGUCAAAAAAAAGAGGGGAAAUAAAAAAAAGCGCCAUCGAGAAGCCAAAGAGCCGACAAACAGUUGGCUUGUUUAGCGUGUUUUUUUUUGUAUUUCGGUUGGCAUUUAAUUUCGUUGGGUUACGUGGUUUCGAAGAUUUCGUGUGGCCGCCGAAAAGAAAGUCACGACAUUAUCCAUAGCGGGUUCGAAACGAGAAACAAGAUUUCCAAGAUUCUGCGCCGAAAGUCAAAGUUACAAGUUUACAUUUUGGCCCGGUUCAACGUCUUUUAACUUGUUGUGUUUGCGCGCUCGUAUGUGUAUGUGUGUGUGUGUGGCGCGUUUUGUUUUCAUGUGUGUGUCUGUGUGCUUGUGCCACUUUAGAAAGUGAAAAUCGAGUGCAGCUCCAAUUCGAAUCCCAUUCGGCCUCUGGGCGCUGCAGCUGAAAGUGAAUCUACUUGUGGAUUUCAAUUGUAUACGACGCCAUCUCAUCCAGUAGCUGUGGACAGCAGCUACCUGCAGUAGCAUUUGCCUUCCCCCCGUUCUACCUGUUGAUCAAUAAAGCCGAUCCGAUCGGACGAUCAGACACACAAAAAAAAGUCUACAACAAUGGAGGCCGAAGAAAUUACAAAACUCGUUGAUGGCGUUUAUAGGAACAUACUCGAUAGAUUCAAUCCAGGUGCGAGACAGCUAAUUGCGGCGGGCAAAAGUUACCUAAAAGCAUUGCAUGGUGCCGCAACUGCCUCGCGUCUAUUCAAUGAAGCAUUGGCCAAGAUUGCGAUGAACGCGCAACAAAGCGGAACGGGCGAUAUUGGUUCAGCUUUAAUGAGCGUUGUGAAUGUGAACAAGGAGAUUCAGGAUCAACAGAUGAAUAUUCUGAAAGCCUUCUAUGUGGAUCUGUUGGUGCCAUUGGAGACAAACUUGGAGAAGGACACAAAAGUGGUGCAGCAUGAGCAGAAAAAGUUCAUGCAGCAGCACAAAGUGCGCAUGGAGAGCUACCAGAAGGCCGUCUCCACAAUGAAGAAGCAGCGCAAGAAAAAGGCCACGCCCGAAAAUACCGAAAAGGAGCUGAAAAGUUUGCAAGUGCUGGAGGAUCAGAAGAAAAAGCUCGAUGUGUUCUGUGAUCAAAGUUACAAGAACGCCAUGACACAGGAGCGACGUCGUUACGGUUUCGUGCUGGAGCGCCAAUGUUCGAUAGCCAAGCACUGGAUGGCCUACCAUACCACCGGCAAAACAGUAAUUGAUAAUAAUUUCGAAAAUUGGCAAGAAAUUGCCGCUUCUCGUGAGAUUAUACCGCCGGCCGCAUACGAAAGCGGCUACAGCAGCAGCAACAGCAACACACGUCGUCUGGAGCGCAUCAAGGACGCUGAUGAUGAGCAGCUGCAGCAAAGUGGACAUGGUCAUGGCGCCCAGUUGAAGAAAUCGCGCAGCAUCGACGCGCCCUACGGCGACAUGCGCACACUCCACGAACGCGAGAGCCUGGUGGGCACAGCUGGCUCCGGAUCGACACACUAUGCACAGAACUCGCUGCCACGUGCCAAGUCUGACUUUAACUUGGCGCUGGUUGGUGCGACACCGCUGACAAGCAAUAAACACAAGAUCAUUGAGGAGCAGCUGCCACAUGGCGAGCUGGAGCGCGGAGAUCAGCGGCCGCUGGCCAAGGCACUUUAUGCAUAUAUGCCAUCGGGAGAGAAUCAGUUGUCGUUCGAAGAGGGAGAUCGCAUUGCGCUGGUGGGCGCCAAGGCCAAGGGCUGGCAGUUUGGUGAGAACUUGCGUACACAGCACUUUGGCUGGUUCCCGGUCGCUUACACCAAUGCCGAGAGUGUGGAGCUGGCGCCAUCUGGCGGUCGUCGUUACGAGAACAUGCACAUGAGCUAUGAGCGCAAUGGAAACGGAACUGGAGCUGGCGGCUUGCGCAGCUAUCACGAACAGCAGCAGCAACAGUACGAGGCACAGCUGGAGUUGAUGGACAGCGAUGCCACCUAUCGACGUCGUCGCAAUCACAGUGCUGAGGAAUCGUCGCCGACUCGCAUGUUCGGCGACACCAUCAAGCAGCAGAAGAAAUAUCGCUCCGGCUCGGCGGCCAAUCCACGUCCCGGUCCGCCACCAACGCUGCCUGCACCCGUGCCCAAUGGCCAGGGCCAGAACCAAAGCCAGAGUGCCCGCAUGCUGAACAGCUCGCAGAGCUUCUGUGCCACAAACGGUGUGCCCGCUGCCGUCGAGCGGCGCAAGCAGAAGCUGCUCAAUGGCGCACAGAGCUCCAUGACCACACAGUCGUCCGGCAAGUCGGCGGCGGCGGCCAAGACUUCGCUGCACAGCAGCAACGAUAGCGGAUUCGCCAACGAGCCACCGCCACAGCCGGAGGUUGAUUACUCCGACGAGGAGCCAGCCACACAACGUGUGCCCAUACGACGUCGUGCUGAUACGAACACACAUACUGUGCCACGCGAUGUGGCAUCCUGGACGCUGAGUCGCAAUUUCCGCAACAGCGUCGACAGCCAGAUUGACGACAAGAGUCUGCAUCGCCUGAGCCGUCAGAGCGGCGGCAUGGGCGGCAAAAUGCGCUACGAUUUGAUUGCCUCCGAUGAUGAGAUACUGCAGGCCUCUAGUGCGGGAUUGAAGCGCACGAAAUCGUUUUGGAAAUUUGGCGGCGGACGCAGCGAGGAUAUUCUAGCGGGCAUGUCGUUGUGGCAGCAUCGCGAUCUGGUCGCGGCACCCAAUCUCGAGGAGAUGCGUGACGAGCCACGCUCGGAUGAGGAUCGCGAUCGCCACAGCAACGGCAAUGGGAAUGGGAAUGGCAAUGGAACUUUGACUAAAUCAAACAACUCCAGCUCGUCGCAGGAGAAACAGGGACGUGGACGCAAGGACAGCAUUACAAGCACCGAGAUCUAUGGCGAUGACGAUGAGAAUAUCUAUGGCAUUAGUCCAGCAAUGCCACCACAGCAGCAGCAGCACCAGCAACAGCAACAGCAGCAGCAGCAGAGGAGCAGCGGUUACACGCCCAAGUCGCGCAUGAAGAUCAUGAAGACCAUUGAGAUUGACAUUGAGGAGCCGUCGGAGAGCGAACGUCUGAGCACGUUGCGUCGCAGUCAGCACCAGCAACAGCAGUCGGAGUAUGUGCAUCGCAAGCUGGACAAGCAGGGCUCGGGCUCAGCAUCGAUGGCAUCAUCGACGCCACAUCACAAAUCGCAAACGCUCAGCAGAUCGAAGCCAUCGCUGCAACAGCAGCAACAACAACAGUUUCCACACUCCACAGACGAAGGCGAGAGCGAUGAACAUGGCACCUUGAAGCUGAGCGAUGUGAACAACUUCUUUGAUGACAUGCAACACGAUGGCAACGGCAAUCCGGGCAAUCCAAAUGGUGGCAAUCAUGGACUGGUGAUGAAGACGCUCAAGCGCAAGGAUAUACUCAAGCAGUAUUACACCAGCGAGGAUGAGUCCGAGGCGGAACUGAAGUCAACCAGCUCUGAUCCCUACGAUUGCAUUGUUAUCAACGAUCAUCUGGUGCGCAAGGACGACAAACUGAGACGCCAGCAUCAUCAACAGCAACAGCAGCAGCAAAUGGAAUUUCAUACGUUUCGCUCGUCCACAUCGACGACAGCAACGAAUACGCUGAAAAAGUCAAAUGCCAAGGAGCAGGAGAAUACGCUGACUCGCAAUUCGACGGGUAAUUCUGGAGCACCCACAGCGACCAUCCUGCCACGCACUCGACUCCUUAAGUCGUCAGCGAGCAGCAAUAACAACGGCAACAGCAGCAAUCACAACAACAUCAGCAACAGCAGCGCCACGCUGGAGCGCAAUCUGAAGGCGCAUGUGGGCAACAAAAGCUAUGGUCCUUGGUAUGAUUUCUGGGAUCAGGAGCAGCAUGGCAUGGCGGGGCAGAAGAACGCCAGUGCCAAGCUGAAGUGAGCCAAAGGCUUGGCGACAGAGCAUAGGGAACAGCGACAGGGAAGUGGGUUGUGAGCAAUGUGGUUUCGCCGUUUUCUUACCGGAGAAGAAAAUGCGCCGAGCGUGGCGGCGAUUAAGCAGAGAAAAAACAGAGAGAGAGAAAGAGAGAGAGAGAGAGAUAAGGAGAGGGAAAACAGGUGGAGAGUGUGUAGCAUACAGAGUGAGCUAUUUCAACAAUUUACACAUUUACAGUAUAUAUCGGUGUAAUGCAGCAAAUAUUUUUAGACAGAGAUUUUUAUAUUCAGACUUGCAAAUAAAAUAAAAAUAAUUCAGAGUCAGAAAAAGGACAUUUCACCACAGCUUAGCUGAUAUGGAAAAAGUCUCACUAUUUAAAAUUUUUGUUAGUUUUCAGAAAUAGCAAUAUCAUAGAACCGAUAUGCAUUGUAAAUAUAUUUUAAAUCAACUUUUGUUAUGUCGAAAUUACUUAGUGUUUAGUCUGCUAAAGUGUGCCAAAUUUGGAAUAGAUACAUUUUUCAAAAACCAUUGAUUUUUUUUCUAUAGUUUUUUGCAUUACUCGUAUUUAAAGUUAUUUUUAUGAUAGGAAACUGCAAUCUUUUGCUCACUUAUUGAAAAUAUGCCGAGUAGCUUCCAUUUUUGGUGCCUUGCCCAACGCACAGUUCUAGUUUAAGCACAAAACAUACCAUAUAAAACUUAUAUACAUAUCUAUUCUUUACAUUAUGUUAUGUUGUUUUUUUUUGCUUUAGUCCUAAGACACUCACGAACACACAACUGCACACACACACUCACACAUAUGCGUACAUACGAGAAAUGGGAAUAUUACGUAUACGUUUUGUACUUAUUUGCAGCAAGCGCGGUAUUUAUCGCAUUUAUUCCAUAGGCUAUUGAAAAACGUAAUUCCCUCGUAGGACUCCCAAAACAACAACAAAAAAAACACAAAAAUCGUAUGUAAAUUGCUGAACAAUAUCCCCCUUUGUAAGCGCUCUUUUUUCAGUAGUACCCUCCAGGUUAUACUAUGUAAACUGCUCUCGAUUUCAACUCGACAAGUCCAACAUUAUAUUGCAGCGCCUCACAAUUUGCCACAAUCAAGUUGCGACACACAAAGACCAACGAUCGCUCUGCUCCCAUGAUCUAUCGGAGUGUCAACAAGUAGCAACG